AUGGAAACCAUCAAUAUCGCAAUCAUAGGCCCGGCAGGAUUGACCGCCCUCAAAACUCUACGAGAAGAAGGCUUCAACGCUAUUGCUUUUGAAAGGCGAGACAAGGCCGGUGGACUAUGGUCCUUCAGCAACGAUGCUACUUAUACAUCCACGCUGAACGAGACGGUCUGUAACGUCAGCAAGUUCACGUCGGGCUUCAGUGACUUCCCAGUUCCCGAAGAUUGGCCCCCCUACCCCACUAGCUCCCAAAUAGCAGAAUACUUUAACUCGUAUGCCGCCCAUUUCAAGCUAUAUUACUACGUACGCUUCAACACUACCGUCACGAGAGUAACUCGAAGCCGAACUAAUGACGCGUGGGAUAUUCACAUUACCAACACAAAGGGGACCGAGGUUCUAGUCUUUGACAAAGUGGUGUUUGGUCAUGGCUGUGAAAGUCUGCCAACUUGGCCUCCCAUGCCUGGCAGAGACAUAUUUAGGGGAAUGGUGAUACAUUCACAAUCAUACAAGAGUCCGGAACCAUUCCGGAACAUGCGAGUACUGGUGGUGGGGAUAGGUAACACGGCCUGCGAUGUGUCCCUGUCACUACGCAAGCACGCCGCUACGCUGUACCAAAGCUACCGACGAGGCAGGAUACUGGUCUCGCGAUACCUCGACAACGGCAUCCCCACCGACGCGGAGCUCUCUUGGCCUACCAUGCGACUCAAGUACUUUCUCGACCACCACAUGCCGUGGCUGAUGACGUCGGUGGCAGAUCGGCUGCUGGUUAAUAAAAUGAUUAAUGACGCAGCUCGGUCCGAGCCCGUGGCACCGGAGGUCUCGCGUCGUGAGAGGCUCAACCGUGCGGCGCACAGAGUGCAGGAGGAUUGGCGGCUGCUUCCCUGCUCCAGCAUGGCACACUGCGGUCCCACGGUCCAAGAGCACUUCAUCCCUGCGCUGUACGAGGGGAACAUUUUGCCUGUCCAUGGGUUCAAGGAGUUCGCCGGAGGGGACCGGGUCUUGCUAGACGAUGGGACUGUACUAGAGGUUGAUGCGGUUAUCUUUUGCACGGGAUACCACUUAGACAUCAGCAUUAUGCCCGAGAUGGAGAUGGACGGUGCUGGUGGGCUACCGCUUAAAAGCGCAGGAAGCCUAUCGCAAGAGGGGAGGGGGGACGGGGAAGAGAUAUUAGAAGAAGAAGAAGAAGAAGACCGGCGGUAUAACCAGAAGCCAACAAUUCCUCGCCUCUAUCAUAUGAUUUUCCCGCCACGUUGGGCAGCUUCCGUGGCCUUUUUAAGCUGGAUGACACCUCUAGAGAACGUAUGGAACCUGUGCGAGCUAGCUUCCAUGGCUAUAGCGCAGAUCUGGGCAGCAGAAACCAUCAGAUCUAAAGGUGAGCAGAUGCCGCGCCGGGAUGGGUAUCGCCCAGCAGCCCUGCUCCCUUCGUUGGAUGAGAUGAAUGCCCAAGUUGACGCGUACCACGUCUGGUGGCGGGGCGAAUGGGAGAAGGACCAGUCCAUACGGUCGGGAUAUGUCCAGGCGUACCCGUUCUACCGGUUCCUCCACGACGCGUCGGGCACCGGCGUGUAUGACAAUCUCGAUCACAUAUUCUCCGGUCGCGGCUGGCGGCUUUGGUGGAACGACCGCGAGCUAUGGACGUGGCUGGUUCACGGCCCUACGAACAGCUACUCCUGGCGCAUAUUUGAGACCAACCCUCAAGGCAUCCUGGGAUGCGGCCGGAAGACUUGGCCUGGUGCUAGAAAGGCUGUGCAAAGAGCUUUUGAGAUCUGCGAAGAGUUCAAACGACAAGCGCGGGCGGACUAUGAGAAGGAGUCGAUCUGA